CUUGUGUUUUUUUUUUCUAUCGGUCGUCUCAAUUUAAGUGUCUUACUCUCACUGACUCUUGUUUAUCAAGUCGAUAACAAGAUUCAAAAGUUUAUCUUUAUUUCUUAAACUUCGUGCUCAAUUAAACUAAGACACUUAAAUUGAGACAGAGGGAAUAUAUAAUACAACUAUAUACAAGUACUUAAAAGGACUUUCUCAUGUUAGUUGUUCCCCCUUUUUAGCCCCUUCUUGUUUGAAUACUUUGCAAUGCAUAGGUUCCUAGUGUUCAACAUUUCUUGAUCAUUAAUUUUUGUGAACUCUAUAGCUAAAAUGGUUUCAGAAGACUCACCCCCACCUUCACACUCAAGCAUUUUACAUCAAUUUAUAAACUCAGACUCCAUCAUGACUAGUCAAAUUGGUAGCCAACAUUUUGACAUGUAUCAAUCUGAUACUACUACUGCCUAUCAGCCUCAUGGUGGACUUUCUAGAUCCAUAGAGUUUGUUAAUCAUCCUGAUUUUACUACUGAUUCUCAUGAUGUUAACCAUAGUAGACAUUUGAUGGAUCUUCUUGGAGCUUCACAUGAUGCUAAUACUAACCAACAAGCACAAAGACUCUCACUUUCUUUAGGUUCACAUUCACUUGUUUCAAGUUUUACUAAUCCUAGUUACAUGAACCAAGAAAUUGACCAAAGGAACAAUGAGUAUUCUUUCUCUGCAGCUGCAAUGAAUCAAUCUUUUUCGAAUGUUUGUGGAACUGAAUCUUUUGUUUCUGCUAUUGGUAACUCAAAGUACUUGAAACCAACUCGGUCUCUGUUGGAGGAAUUGGUUUGUAUUGGUGGCAAGACUAUUGAUUCAAGUAAUGAGAAGUUUAUUAGGCGAUUAUCGCGUAAUAGCAAGAAAGGAUCUUUAAGCCUUCGCGCUAUGUUGAAAGGAGAAAUCCCACCAAGCAAUGAAUUGUUCAAUGAACUUUAUGUUAAAAUCAUGAAGCUCAUAGUCUUGUUGGAAGAGGUGGAAAGGAGAUAUGAGCAAUAUUAUCAACAUAUGGAAGAAGUUACUUCAACAUUUGAGGUAAUAGCAGGAUUUGGAGCAGGGAAAGCUUACACAGCACUUGCACUUCAAGCAAUGUCUAGACAUUUUUGCUGCUUAAGAGAUGCCAUCAUAUCUCAAAUUAAUGUCAUUAGACAAAAAAUGCUACGAGACGUGCCGAAAAUUAGCAGUGGCUUGUCACAUUUGAGUCUUUUUGAGAAAGAAACUAUGCAGAACAGAAUAUCUCUUCAGCAACUUGGAAUCAUUCAAGGUAAUCGACAAGCUUGGCGACCAAUUAGAGGAUUGCCAGAGACAUCAGUGGCAAUUCUUCGUUCUUGGCUAUUCGAACACUUUCUCCAUCCAUAUCCAAAUGACUCUGAAAAGCUUAUGUUAUCAUCUCAAACAGGCUUAUCAAAAAAUCAGGUUUCCAACUGGUUUAUUAACGCGCGAGUUAGGCUAUGGAAGCCCAUGAUUGAGGAAAUGUAUAAGGAAGAAUUUGCAGAAUCUUCAGUUGAAUCAGAUAAUUUGUUGAACAGAGAAGGUGUUACUGAUUCCGCAGAAGAAUGAAGGGUUGAAGUGAGAAGAAUGAGGAAAUAUAUUUUAUUUGAUGUAAUAAUACUAUGGUUUUACAGAGUUGGAAUUAAUUGAAGGACUGGAGUGUGGGAGAAAAGUUGAAGAAGUACAAGGUGGGUGGCAAUUGGAAACAUGUUAGAAACACAAAAAAAUGUAGCCUGAUAUGGAAGGCAUUUAUUGUACUUUUUAGUACUUGAUGAUGUUAAGAAAUAGUAGUAGUAUAGUAAUAGUUUCUGAAAAUUGUAAUGCUUUUCACUAUAUUGUCUCAAAUUUUUAUGUUUAGUAUUAUAUAUAUAUAGGCUUUAUGUGGUAGCCUUA